CCCACCACACAUGGCAGUAAACAAAGGUGUAUAUCAAUUCAGUAGAAUAGCAUAUCACUGUGUCCGCAGUCCAGCGUACAAGUUUCGACCAUUUUCUACAAAUCUUGUGAACUAUUUUCACAUCACCAGGAUGGCACUUGAGGCUACAACAAAUUCUCAAAAUAUGGGUCUGAAGCGGCCGGCGGAGUCAGAAAUGACAGAAAGCGAGGUCAAAAAGAUACACCUGAACCCUGUGCCAAAUACUGAAUUGGAAACUGGAGGAGACACAGUUAGAAGAAAACGAAGAAAGUAUGCCAUACUCUUAUCAUAUUCAGGAAAAGGCUAUUUAGGAAUGCAAAGGAAUCCAGGGUAUAGGACGAUAGAGGAUGAUUUGUUAAAUGCCAUGUUGCACGCUGACCUGGUGACAGAGGAAGGAUGCACAUGCCCACAACUGUUCAACUUCCAGCGGGCGGCUCGCACAGACAAGGGAGUUUCAGCAGCACGACAAGUAGUGUCAAUUAAACUACCCGAGGAUGUGCCCGACAUGGUGGCGGAAAUCAACAAGCACCUCAACAGCCAAAUAAGGGUCAUGGCCAUCAAGCGCACAACCAAAAGCUUCAACUGCAAGGCAUGGUGUGACUCGCGCACGUACUCCUACAUGUGCCCCACUUUUGCCUUUGCUCCAGUCGAAAAGAUGACAGAUGCAGACUACAGGAUCUCCUCGGAAGUUAUGGAGGAACUAAGAAGUACCUUGAAAAUAUACAAAGGGACUCAUAACUUCCACAACUUUACAGCACGAAAAAAGGCCAGCGAUGCCAGUGCCAAUCGCUACAUCAUGGAGGUGGAGUGCAGCGACCCCUUUGAACGAGAAGGCCUGGAGUGGAUCGUUAUCAAGAUCAAAGGCCAAAGCUUCAUGCUGCACCAGAUUCGCAAAAUGAUCGGGCUGGUAAUGGCCAUCUGCCGAGGGCUGGCCAGCAAAGACGUGAUCACAAAGGCUUGGAUGAAGGACCGCGUGGACCUGCCCAUUGCCCCGGGCCUGGGUCUCGUGCUGGAGGAACCCCACUACGACAAGUACAAUAAGAAAUAUGGAUCGGAUGGGAUUCAUGUGCCUCUGGAUUGGAGUGAGGUGUCGGAAAAGAUCCAAGAAUUCAGGGAGAAGUUCAUUGAUUCCACUAUUGUAGCCACAGAGAUAGAGGAGCAGUCGAUGUUGAAAUGGCUGGCAACUCUUCCAUUUCACACAUAUGAUGUUCGAGAAGUUCCUACUGACGGAGAACCAGUUCAACAUAUGUCAGGGGUGCGAUCAGCGAUAGGCCGGGCAGCUGUCAAAUUAGCAAACUACAGAGCUGAUGAUGAUGGCAGAGGAAGCGAGGAUGAAGCAGAAGACGAGGAUGAAGGGGAUUUAGACCAAUAUAGGGUGAAACCUACCUCAGUACCUGCAGAGGCUGGAGAAGCCAGUAAUGGUCAGGACUGUAACAGUGCUGAGAAUGGCAUAAGCAACAAUGGUACUGAAGAUGGUAUACAGGAAGAAAAGGGUAAAGAUGAUAAAGACAACAAAGAAGUGUGAUUGUAGGGAAUGAAAUAAACUAUCUUGCCUCAGUGAUGUGACAGUAUAUCUCUUCACUCGGAAAAAAAAAAAAUAUGUGAUUAAAGUGUAGCAACCAUUUUGAAAAGUCAUCUAGUGCCAUUAGUGUUCCAUACAUAUUAUUUGUCAUUGAUUGUGGAGUAAAAGCAUACAUACCAUAAUAAUCAGUGUCAAGCCAGUCAGUCAUAUGUGUUUCCAGCCAUGCAACAUUACUCAUAGACAGGUGAUCAUUAUUGAUGAAUUGUUAUUUUUGUACAUAUUUGUACCCCCCCCCCCCCCUCCCAGUUCUUGAAAUCCAAGAAUGCUCAUAUUCUCAGAGAGAUAUACUUGUGUAGAAAUUUCCAAUUUUAAAUGUUAGUGUAAAAUACAGUUUAUCCUAUAACAUUGUUAACUGGUAUUUAAUAGGUUUAUGCUGUUUGUUAUUUUAUACGUGUACAGCUGAGUGUAAGUAGAGGCUUCAGUAAUAAACAAGUUUUAGAGUUA